UAGAUGUUCCUCACCGUGUACCUCAGCAACAAUGACCAGCAUUUCACAGAGGUGCCCAUUACCCCGGAAACCCUGUGUCGUGAUGUGGUGGAGCUGUGCAAGGAGCCGGGGGAGGGAGAAUGCUACCUAGCUGAAAUGUGGCGAGGCUCAGAGCGCGCCAUUGGCGACGGAGAGCGAAUGCUGGACGUGCUCCAGUGUUGGGGACAGCAGAGGGGGGAGGUGCGCUUCCUCCUGCGCCAUGACCGGGCACCCUGCAGAGAGUCAGGCGGACCAAGGGUCUCCGAUCACUCCGCUAAAAGGAACAUGGUCAAGGUCCCUGUGGACCGAUGCGUGGAGAAUGGGGUGGCACCACCUUGCAUGGACAUCACCCUCUCGGAGCUGCAGGAGUUGGCGUCACGGCAACAGCAGCAGAUCAAUUUGCAGCAGCAGCUCCUGGCCUCAAAGGAGCAACGUCUGCGCUACGUGAAGCUGCAGGAGCAGCAGCAGCAGGCGUCAGAGCAUGAGAGACUACGGCAGCUUCGUGAGAACGCUGAGAACCAGGAGACCAAGCUGCGGCGGGUGCGGGCCCUCAAGGGUCAAGUGGAGCAGAAACGCCUCAGCAACAGCAAACUGGUGGAGGAGAUAGAGCAGAUGAACGGGCUGUUUAAGAGUAAGCAGUGCGAGCUCCUGGUGGCCGUCUCGAGAGUGGAUGAGCUGAGCAGGCAGCUGGAGACCCUGAAAAGCGUCAAGAUGGAGCCCUCUCAUGACGGCCCGAGCUCCGCCGGCGAGCUGGAGCGUCUUUACAAGGAGCUGCAGCUGAGGAAUAAGCUGAACCAGGACCAGAGUGCCAAGCUGCAAAAGCAGCGUGAGAGCCUGAGCAAGCGCAACCUGGAGGUGGCCACCAUGGACAAGCGAGUGGCCGAACUCCGCGAACGCCUGUGGAAGAAGAAGGCAGCGCUACAGCAGAAGGCGAACUUGCCCGUCCCCACAAAGAGCCAGGCCCUGCAGCCAUGUGGCCCUUCCAGGGUGGCGGCUGUGGGCCCUUACAUCCUGUCCUCCACUGCGGCCCCAGGGCCUCCGGUGCCCAGCCGACAGGAGCUGCUGAUCAAGCCUGCCUACCCCGACGGCACCACCACCUUACCCAUGCCAGACUCCUCCAUGAAGGCCCCUCCUAGACCGCUUAAACCCUACUCAGGUUUUCAGUCAUCCAAGACGUCUAAGCUGUCCGACUGGUCCAGCUCCAGUGCAGAGUCCAGCGGCAGUCAUCAUGGCAUGUCCUCUACUCUGCCUCGCAUGUCCAGCCUCUCCUCACAGGGCUCAGGAGAUGCCGAGACCCUCAAGGACCAAAAGGGCCGUCACAUUUCUAUGUUUGACGCCCCGGCUCCCCUCCACUCACAGAACAAUCAGAGCAGCGAGGACCUCUUGAGGGAUACCCAGGCGGGUGGUAAGGCUCUCGGCAAGGUGCCACCUCCUAUCCCUACCAAGCCCCCGACCUUCGGCAAACCGCCCUACAGCACGGGCACCUUCCCGGGCAAGGCAAAACCGUCUGCCUCCCUCCAUCUGUGUGCACCUUCGCCCAUCGCCAUCCACAGCCACACCCUGCCUCUGCCCCCCAAGCAGGAGGCUCCUCCGGCGGCUACGGUGCGCCCCUUCACCCCGGAUCCUCCAGAGUCCACAGCAGCAGUGCCUGUUCUCCAGAAGCCACAGACGGUGGCGGCCUCCUCCAUCUACUCCAUGUACACCCAACAGCCCAGGACAGGCGGGGGCACUCUUACACGCACGCAGCCCAGAGUGUAUGGAAAGCCAGUCAUCUCAGGCAGUGGGGGGCAGCAGUCACUCCUCCAGGACUCCACCUAUUCGGGGGCCGGCGAUUUCGAGGUGGACCAGGGGGGUCCCGGCCUGGCGUCUCCGGCCCCUGAGAGCCAGUGGGGCCAGGAGACGGAGCGGGCCCCUCGUCCCCUCAGCCCCACCAAGCUACUCCCCUUCAUUUCACACCCUCACCGGCACCCCAGCGACGCCGACCUGGAAGCCCUGCGCCGCCGACUGCACCAUGGCCCGCGACCCCUCAAGAAGCGCAGCUCCAUCACAGAGCCUGAGGGCCCCGCGGGGCCCAACAUCCAGAAGCUUCUCUACCAGAAGACCACACUGGCCGCCAUGGAGACUGUUUUGGGGUCCCCCUACGAGGGUGAAGGUGGAGGAACAUGGAAGGAGGGGGCCAGUGCCGGUGGAGCCCCAGACCGCACUGGUACGUCCCAAGUUUUCACCGCUGCAGCGUCCCUCGCUGAGACCGAGGAAGACGCACAGGUGCCCCCUCGCUCGCCCAUCCCAGAGCCCUCUUCCUCCUCCAGCCACACCAUGCCCCCAUCGCUGGAGGAAGAGGAGCUGGAGCCCUGCCACCCGCCCCCCCAUCAGCCAGAAGCCUACUUGGAGGAGUACCCGCCCUACCCACCCCCUCCAUACCCCAGCGCGGGGGAGCAGGACUUGGGGGAGGACACCCUCAACAUGAAGGCUCCGGAGGUCGCGGGACAGGUCACUCUGCCACCGGGCAAGAGGACCAACCUGCGGAAGGUCGGCUCGGAGCGCAUCGACCACGGCAUGCGAGUCAAGUUUAACCCCCUGGCCCUGCUGCUGGACUCAUCUCUGGAGGGCGAGUAUGAUCUGGUGCAGAGGGUCAUCUAUGACGUGGAUGACCCCAGCCUACCCAAUGACGAGGGCAUCACAGCCCUGCACAACGCCGUCUGUGCCGGCCACACCGAGAUCGUCAAGUUCCUGGUGCAGUUUGGCGUGAACUCCAACGCUGCCGACAGCGAUGGCUGGACUCCAUUGCACUGUGCGGCCUCCUGUAACAAUGUGCAGGUGUGUAAGUUCCUGGUGGAGUCCGGGGCUGCUGUGUUCGCCACCACCUACAGUGACAUGCAGACAGCGGCAGACAAGUGCGAGGAGAUGGAGGAGGGCUACGCACAGUGCUCCCAGUUCCUCUACGGUGUACAGGAGAAGAUGGGCAUCAUGAACCGUGGGGUGGUGUACGCCCUGUGGGACUACGAGGCUGAGGACGAUGACGAGCUGGCCUUCCAGGAAGGCGACUGCAUGACGGUGCUGCUGCGCGCGGACAAGGACGAGAUCGAGUGGUGGUGGGCCCGCUGCGGAGACCGAGAGGGCUACAUUCCAAGGAACCUGCUAGGGCUGUAUCUGAGGAUCAAGCCACGGCAGAGGAGCUUGGCUUAAAUUAUAUCGGCUCACGUUCCACCCUACUCGCUGAAAACUACUCCGACUUGAAGUUCAACAAGAAGUUACUUUUAAAAGGGGAAUGAAGAACCUAAAAGUCCAGUGCUACAUUUCACGCUUCUGGUCUUUUUGGAUGUCAAAGUCAAGCAUUCCACUUCAAGCUUUUGGACCUGUCUGUGAAAGACCAUAUCAUGCUA